AUGGUAGCCGCUGCUGAUAUGGAAGUAAUGGAUGUUCCAGAUGACGCUGAAGGGGACGAAGACAUUGAAGUCCUCGAAGAGGGACAGGAAGACUCGGUACAACAUAUUGAGCUUUUAUCUGAUGAAGACGUAUCCGAGCAGUCGAUGGACGAUUUUGAUGAGGAUGAAGGUUGUAAUGCCUCUGGUGGAAGUGGUGCUGUCUCAGCUUCAACUCCAAAGCGAUUGUCGUUUGACUCACCAGUACGGUUCCAAAAUCCACCUACAGUAACCACAUCGGCUGACACAAUUUCAGGAUCGUCUACCCAUACGGGUGUUACACAGUCCGCAUCCACAAGCUCGGCGCCUCCUGUAUCUCUAGCAUCCCAAGUUCCGAAGUUGUUCAAGUCAAGUGUCGAACCAGCAUUCUCUUCGACUCAGGCCUCAUCGACACCUAUCGUUGAAGACUCCUCGUCGGAGAACCGUAGUGAUAGUGCAUCCCAGGAAUCUACUCCUGCUAUUCAAGUUAGCGGUAGCGGUGAAGUUCGUAGAGAUGUCAAUGACGAUGAUGGCGCUGGUCAUAACGAUUCUGCUGGCGAAUCGCGUGACAGCGGCAGCGGCAUGCCAGUGUCAUCGUCAGACGGAAGACGCAAACGUUCUGCAACUAAUGAAUCGUCAAGCUGUGAAUCGAAACGCCAUCGUGACAGUCCAAGCGAGGUCGUCACCAGCAGCGAAGAGCGGCGGGAUCUUGAUGUGAUCCCUGAAAGUGGAAUGGUAGCCGCUGCUGAUAUGGAAGUAAUGGAUGUUCCAGAUGACGCUGAAGGGGACGAAGACAUUGAAGUCCUCGAAGAGGGACAGGAAGACUCGGUACAACAUAUUGAGCUUUUAUCUGAUGAAGACGUAUCCGAGCAGUCGAUGGACGAUUUUGAUGAGGAUGAAGAUGACGGUGGAAUGGAGUCAGACGAAGAAAUAGACAAUGGCGAUUCUGCUGAUGUCGUAGUACUGUCCGACGGAGAAGACGAUGCUGAGAUUGGUGAAGUGGAGAUGGAAGACGAUCAUGGUGAUGAUGAACUUGACGAUGGUGAUGGACUGGUUGUGGGUCAGGAUGAUGAAGCGCUAGCUGCUGAUGCAAUUCACAUUGAUGCCACACUGCUCAUUCCUGGUGAACUUUGUUGA